GUUGUUCACGUGUGUAGGUACUGGACUCACUGCGUUUUGUUCCGUGACGAUUAACUGAAUUUGUAUACAUAUUUUGCGCAAUUUUCGGAGUUGUUUGCUUUUGGAUGUUAAUUUCUAUAUUUGGAUUCACUAACCUUUUAUGUUGAUAAUAUGCUGGUGAUGGAAAUGAUGCGUGGACAUGUCGAAAAGGACAGCAGAUGGUAAAUUUGCUCAUGAAUGUUCAAAUCGUUUGCACGUAGACCUUCAUCAACCUUUGGUCCCAGACGUUGGAGAAUUUGUUAGUGUUUUAGAGGUUGAUGAGCGUGUGAGAGCAGAAUGGGCCGAGGAAAAUAAAGAAAAAGACAGGUUACUCCUACUACAUGUAAGACAGAAGAAGAAGAGAGUCUUCGUGAUUUGUUCACUUUGUCACAAAUAUUUUAAGGAUCGUGUAGCUGCUAUUGAACGUGAGGGAACCUCGAAAUCAGAGUUCUCGCCAUUGGGACCGUCAUCAUCUGCGACUGCGUCAACAUCAUCAACUACUAGUACUACUAACGUUAGGCCUACUAAAAACAGUCCGAGCUCUAGCGUUAGCAGUAGCACCAGAGUGAAUCAGGUUAUCAAACAAUUGGAAUCUUUUGAGGAAGAGGAACUUGCAGAGGUUGCUAAUUUUCUUGGUAAAAGCCAGCGAUUAAAUAUAAAGGAAGACAUUAAACUAUUACAGAAAAGUAGCAUUGACGUACUUACAUCAUUGGAUGUGAAGAAAUGGGUCAAUGAAAGGAAUAGUGUAGUACACUCAUUCUUGAAGGGAAUUGGUCCAUCACAUGAUCUUAAUCAGGAUCUACACCUUGCUAAGACAAUCGAACAAGUUUAUUCCCUUUAUAAUAAAAAGAUUGUGCUGCCAUUUUCCCUGUCGGAAAACUUAGUUGUCCACGCUGCAACCAGGAACAAAGCUGCAUGUAAUGUCAUAUCAUCAUCGAGCCCUGCUGGAAGUCAUACGUACAUCCUUAAUUGGUUGAAAGAGCAAGCAGCAAAACCUCUGGACACUCCCAGUGGAGACAUUCUUGUUGGUUUUGAUAACGACCAAGUAAUUGGAAAAUCAUACCACGUAAGAACUGACAACAAGGUCAAAGCUAGUGUGAUUACCUCAACUUGCAUUGCUGAAGUUCAGCCCGCAGGAAGACUCCAAGCAUCGAAGGACCUAAAGCCAGGAAAUUGGCAAACGGCAAGCAAUAUUGCAGAGAAAAUAAAUACAAUUCUAGACAAGGGUAGUGACUUCAACAAGGCAGUAGAUAGCACUCAUUAUACCCAGGUAUUCCACUCGCUACAAAAGGCCAUUGACACAGUAACUGAACAACAGAUAACGAAAGAUUCAAAACUAAGAGACCAUGUAGAUGAUGAAAUUGAUGAACAGGCACAUGCUAGGGAUUGGAGAGUUUGUGUGCAUUGUGGAGUAAACAACCUUCGGACAAAACGAGUUUGUAUUUCCUGUUCUGCCAGUCUAAAAAACCAAACAGGAGAGCUAGAAAGCAGAGAUGAAACUAGAAAACCACAGCAACGACCCGAGUCCCAAACGAAAAUAACCUACAGUUAUCAAGACAUUCCUCUUUCCGAUGUUGGUAAAAGUACGUGUUCUUCGAGCAAAGUAAAGGUACAUGCAGGUGAACCAAUCUUCGUGAACCCAAAUUCUCAUGCAAGUGUUCUGAAAGUACUCCAAGAAAUUGGGAAACAAGUAAAAGUAAAGAAAUAUGUACCUGAUGGGGAGAGAGAGUGGGUAGCUGUGACAUGCGAUGGAUUGCCCUUUUUUUUAGCACAAAGGGUGCUGAAAGAAACAUUUACCUGCCAGGAGUGUAAGAAGGCUGUAUUCACGAGGAAGGCGUAUGAAUCUCACUGCGCGGAACAUGAUGCAUAUGCCAAUGUGGCUCCGAAGGACCUUCCUACUUGUCUUGAAUUUGACUGGGUGCUACUAAGAAUUGGACAUGGACAUGUGGAAAUGAAUAUGGUCAGGUCAUUCUUCGCCCUCAAUUGGGAUGUAUGCCUUAAAGAUCUAGCAAAAACAAUGGGAUUCUGUUCGGACAAUGCACAGAAAUAUGCAAAAGCUGGAAGCGACCACCACAAAUCUUGGGAAAUUCUACAGAUUAUGUACUAUGGGAGCUUACAAGAACUUGUGCUGCCGUAUGUGAGGGAAUGCCUGUCCAAGAGCUCCAAAGCAACCCCGGAUGGCUUUCUGCGGUGGAGUCGAGGAGUGCAGAAGCCUCAAUUCAAGUACUUACAGGAGCAAAUACUGACGUAUGCUUCUGCCAUCAUGCAUUUGAGAGAAGGAAUUCGACACAACAACAUGGCUCUAGUGAUAGCAGGUAGAGUCAAGUUCGCUCCCAUAUUCCACAGUCGAAAUCACCCUAAGUAUCAACUUAUCGAAUUAGUGGAAUUGUCAAACUUCUUGGCAGCCCCACCAGCCGUGCAGGAGUUCCUGAGGAUGCACCAGGCACUAUCAACGUCUGGGGACCCCUCACGCUGCGAAGACCUGGAUUUUAUUCUGGAAGUGAUAAACAAGAAUAGCAAAGCAUGGGCACCGCGUGGUGUGCCAACAGAGGAAGACUGGCUGAGGAUUUUUCGAAAUCUGGAAAAGUUCUUAGAGUUGAGGUCUGCAGUCUUUGCCAGAAUGACAAGUGAUGACCCAGAAGCUGUAAAGCCCUACACAAGCAGUCACAAAGUACAUGAUGAGGAGAUCACCGCCUGGAGGACACGUUUGAGAAGCAGCAAUUUUUUGCAGGAUCCAUUCUCAGAAGUUGCGUUCGAAUCUGUGAGCUUGGAGAAGCUUGAUGCUGAACUGGUCAACUUGACAGAGCAGGCAACCAAGAGGAGGCAGCAUUUUGCAAGUCGCAGGUUUGAUAUCAACUCCGGAGAAGAUACAACGAGCGAGGUGGAUCCUGUGUUUGUUACUGAGGCAGAACGUGCAUGGCACAGUGACAUAAGAAACCAAAAGAAGGAAGUUAUCGCAUCUCGCGUCCUUGCUUUAAUUGAUUCACUGGAUAAUGAGAGUAUCAGGACCAUGCUCUUGGCUGAAUGGGAGUCAUCGGUAAGGCAAAGGAAGAAGGAUGACUUCAUUGCCUUCUUUGAUCGGGUUCAGGAGGAAGUCUCUGGUCAGCAGCUUGUGAAUAAUGACAGUGAAGAAGAUGAAUAAUGUAUUUGAUUAUUCAUUUCAUUUAUGGUGUCUCAAAGCCGAUAUGUUUACUGGAAGAGUAAUACACGUACAUUGACGACUAAUAUUUGAACAGAACAUGGAGACUUAACCGACGUGUAGAUUAUGAUGGUUACAUGUGUUUGCUUUAAAAUUCUGGCAACUUGACUUUUUUUCCUAUACAUGUACCUGUACAUACAUACAUGUAGAUCUUUGUUCCUGACAACAGCACUACUGGGUAUCCUCAAAUUCAUUCAUCUUUCAACCGUGGACUUGUCUCGUUGAUAUUUUAGCUCUUUUAUAUCCCUUAAUAUCUUCAAAUGGAAUGCACAAAUUUCAACAGUGAAAUGUUUCGUUUGCUUUGUUCUUUGAGCAGUUACUGACACUCAACACACAUUACAUGCACUGCUCAUUUGUAAAUGCAUGACUUUUCUGUGAUUUGAUUUUUGGGGAAAAUGAUGUGUACAGGUGUAUUAAAACAUGUAAAAAAGGUCCAAUAAUUUUUGUGAAUGCCAAUAUUGAAGAACUUGAAGAGAACUCUAUAUUAAAUCUUAAAAGAGUCUAGUGACAACCUACAUGUACAUGUACAUGUACAAAUUGAAACUGACUUGUCUUUUUUUGUUCAAACACAAGGCUUGCAGUACACUAAAAUGUGUGUAUUUGAUAUUUUUCUGAACUCCUAAUAAGAUGAUUUUAUUUGUUUAAUCUUUCAUACAUGUACAUUGUACAUGUACAUGCAUUUAUUGGUGGCCCGCAUUUUUAUCUUGGCUUAAUUUUAAGUCCGAUCUUAAGUGUUUACAUAUCUGGCUUUUUGUGCAGACUGAACAUGGUGUAAUUUUGUAGAAUUCAUAUUUUCUUCAUGCUUGUGAUCAUUCAGUUAUGGGGGCUGUCACAACUGCAUGUUGUAGUGCAUGCCUAUACAUGUAGAUGCACUUAAAGGGAUGGUUCAGACUGGAUGUACAACUUGUAUUUCUAUCACAAUACAUGUAUAUACAUGUAGAAUAAAAUUCACAGAGCAUAAUGCUGAUAUUUUGAUCAAAAUGGGAUAACAUAUAAAGUUAUUGAAUUUCAAAGAUUUGCAUUAUUCUGGUGAAACAACACAUCUUUAUUGAACAUUCAUUAGGUGAGCUGAUGAUGUCAUAUCCCCACUUUAUCUUUUGUAUUUCAUUAUAUGAAAUAAGGUAUAUUUCAAAAAAUUUACCAAGGACUAAAACAAAAAAUUUGGAUUGAAAACUGAUUUAGUGCAUUACAAUGUAUUUAUUGCCUCAACUUAUUUCAUCAUAAUGGAGACACAUGAUUUACACAAGUAUGAAAAAAUGAAACAUGAUUUCAUGUAUAAGGAAAAGGAAAUUGUGGUGUAAUGUUCAUCAUCAGCCCACCUUAUGAAUAUUGAUGACGAUUUACAUGUACAAAUAACUGCUUUUCACAAAAUAUUGAUAAACUUUAAAAUUUAAUAACUUCGUUAUUUGUUACUGAUUUUGAUGAAAUUUUCAUCAUUUCGCUCUGAAUUUUACACUAUUUAUUUAGAUAUAAAUAGUUUCAGCCCGGACCAUCCCUUUAAUGUGUAGCCAGCAUUUUCCUCCUUCAAUCCAGUAUUUUCAAUGCAGGGUUCUAUUUUUUAUCAAUAUCAAACCAUUUUAUUUUGUUAAAACCAUGUAAUACAUAUAAUAAUUUAAUUUUGUUUAAAUGAUGAAAUGAUUUCAUGGUGGUAUCAUGUACAUAUACAUGUAGCCUACUGAGCUAAUCUACAUGUGUAAGUGCACAUGCACAGGCUAAAAUGUUCAGAAAUGGCAGUCCAGCUUAUAGCAGGUACAUGUAUACAUGUACUCUUAUAAUAACUUUCUUUCAUUUCCUCAAAAGUUACAGACACGUAACAUGCAGUUGCAUCAUAAUAGUGAGGACUUAUAACUAUCCAUUAGGGGCAGGGAAAAAAUUAUACAGGGGCUGGAAGCGAUUUAUUGUAGCCUCCAUACAAAAAGAACACUGGAAAUCCUCAUCUCAAUGCUAAGCCAACGUUACAGAUUUACAUGUUGUCAGUGAGUUUUGAAAAGUAGCCCCUGAAAAUAAAAGAAAAUAUGUAAUUUGUUGCCUUCUUUACUGUUUGGGUUGAAAUCCUACCAUUGGCAUAAUUUCCUUUAUCAAGAAAUUGAUUUAUGUUGUGCUGCACUCUCCCAAGGUGAGGUCAGGGGUUCUGGCAGGAAUUAAGUGUACAGUAUAAUUUUUCUCAUAAAGAUGUGAGCACAGAAAUUGGUAGCCAAUCGCUGUUGACUCAACAUGGAGUCGAUUGAAGAAUCUGUUCAAGUUUUAACUUGAAUUAUACAACAUUUCUGUUUGCUGCAUUGCAGUUACUUGUACUGAAAUUUGAUGUAGGGUAAAUAGAAAUGCAUUAUAUUAAACAAAUUAAAAGCAUGCCAUGUAUUUAUUAAGAAAAAGAAACAUUUAUUCAUGCAAAUAUAUCUUGAACAGUAUAAGUAUACAAUAAGUGUAUGCACAUUUUCAGUGUAUGUAAGUGCAUUUGGUAAACAUAUCAAUUAUCAAAGACAACAUGAAUUUCAUGUAUACAUGUAUGUGAAUCUCUUCAUUAAUUAUUGGAGUAAACUCUACAUCAUGAACUCUUCUGGUACAUGUAUGUAGAAGCUAUUUCUAUCUGCUUAGUUUACAGUGCACAUGAGAGCAAAUGAAACGAUUCCCUCUGUACAUUCAUAUACAUGUAGAUCAGUGCUUCUCAACUGUUUCUAGUCAUGUAGUGGGCCAUGAUGAGUUUGGAUGCAUCGUAGGCCAAAGAUAAUUUUCACAUAUUUUCUUUGUUUGCCUUUGCAUGUUUGUUACAGAACAAAGUAAUUUACAUGUAUUUACAAGUAUUUACAGAUAUAUAUACAUGUACAGUGAAGUGCAGCAUGUCCAUGUACAGUGGGCCUCCCCUGCCUUUAAAAAUGAAACAUACAUGUACAAUCUAUCUUCAGUCUUCACACCAUGAAUAUUUGGGGUGCAACUUUACUAAAAACAUGCACACUACUGUAUUAUGGACAUAUACAUGUAUGUAUAUUUAUGUUUUCCUUUUUUUUUAUCUUGAUACAAUAUCUACAUGUCCAUGUAACCUAAUUUUUUCAUAGUCAUCUGCAUACAGUAAAUGAACUAUGUAAAUUGAGGGAUUUAUUUCCUCAUUUUGCUACUGUACUUACUGAAUCGAUACGUAAUACAUAUUUUUCUAACAUAUUUAAACAUUGAUUAAGGAAGAGAUGAAUUUCUACAUGCACUUAGUUUAAACAAUUUAUUUUACAAAGCUGAACAUGUUCGUCUACUACAUGUAGUAUGAAUUUUGAACCUACAGUGUAAUAAAAAUGGAAGAUACUAUUUUAAUAGAAGAAUUCCAUGUACUGGUAUAUUAUGCGUUGAUUCACAGUUCAGUGGGUACAUUGUUCCUUUGCUGCAUAUGAGUACAGUGUACAUGAUUCACUAUAAAUUCAGAUGUUUCAAAGAUCAACUAUACAUUGUACAUGUAGCAUCACUAUCAUGGUUUGUCUGCUUUCUGUUACAUGUAUACUGGUACAUGUAGUCUUAGUGCAUGUUCAUCAUGAAAUUUAGAGAAGAAAUCAUGGAAUAAGUCAACAUCAAAUGUACAUGUUGUUACUCAGUAGUUUUGUUCAGCUCAAUAUUAAAAAAAAACAUUUAUUUCACUUCAUGAACAGAAAUCUGUUAAAAAAUUACGAGAUGUACUUAUGUAUGUAAAUACACCAUACAGAUCAAAUGUAGUUUAGAAAUGACAAAGAUGGUACAUGGUCAUGUACAGUACAUGUAUAUUUGUAAUUUUGCUUUCUUUAUACUUGUACAUUUAUGUGGAACAUGGUGGUUACAUCAUACAUGUAGUCAUCCAUAAACUCUGUCAAAGCUUUUGUGAUUUAUCCACAUACUUCAGGUAUGUUCAUGAAUAUUAGUCUGACCUAAUGAUAAUAUGAAAUAAAAAGGCCAUUUGUUACUG